AUGGAGUCCACCACGAAGGCCGACAAUAACACCGGGACCUCGAAGGCGAAGUCGAAGCCGAAGGCAAAGGCGAAGGCGAAGUCGAAGUCGAAGGCGAAGUCGGGAGGAAAGGUGGACGGGCGCGGGCGGCCGAAGAAGGUGAAGGGGAGGCAAUUGGUUGAUGUCCAAGCCCAAGUGCCGGUGUACAUCGAGCAGCGUAACAACAACGACAUAAAGGGCAUCAGCAAGACGUUUCGCACGGUUUCGUUGGGUCUUUGCAAUACGUACGGCUGGGAGGAUCCACUCAAACCGAUUGCGGUCGACGAUGAGACCUUCACACCCGCAAACGAGCAGAAGGAGUUUUCGGAGAACGACGUGUCGCGCGCGAUGAAUCGGGACCAGGCGGUAGAUCCCGACGCCGACGACGCCACUCUGGCCAUGGUUUACAAGGCGGUCAAGAAUGUGUUCCAUCAGGAGUACAAGAAAGCGCACGCACACGACGUCGACGAGGAUUGGGAGGAAGAGCGGUUUGACGCGGCGGAAUGGCUAAAGCUCUUGGCGAAAAGGCCGGAGAAGAAGAGCGAGCUGCCUUUCUUCUUCGAGUACAUGACGCCGGAGAUGAACGCCGAAGUUGACGAGCAUAUGAAUGCGGCGAAUGCUCUGGCCAAGGCGUCGGGCGGGAACGCGGGCGGGAAGGGCGGGUACAAGAACGCCGUCGCGGCCAAGUACUUCAAGGAGGCGCCGGAAGAGAUCAAGAGGAAGGUACAGGCCGCGCGCGAUGCUCAAUACGACGAGGACAUGAAGGAAUGGUCGGCACGUGUGGACUUGAAGCCGAGAAGCCCGGAGGAGGCCCGCAGGUGGAUGCGCGACCUCGAACCCGUGCUCAAGCAGCUGGCUGGGGCUGUGGCGGAGCUUACGUCGGGCAUGUGUCUAUGGGUUGUUACUGCGCCAAACGACAUUAUCGGAGUGGAGGGUGUUGUCAACUUACCUGGGCGCGCGGUCAUCCCUUAUAGCAAGAUCGACAGCAGGCUGGUUAAAGGUUUGGGCUCUGGCAUGUCGAAUCAGACCACGACGUUGAAUGCGGUCAAAUGGGGGACAGGCGCUGGCGACGGACAUUGGGAGGCGGCGUUGAAGGAUCUGCUUGUACUUGAGGAUGGUGCCAAGGUGGAGGACGUGGACGUGGACGUGGACGUGGAAGGCGCUGAAAGCGACGCCGGAGAACCAGACCUGUGGCCAAACGAGGUGAGGGUCGCUCCGCGCAAACCGGCUGAAGGCGACGGCGCUGCUGUGCGCGCUGGAAGCACUUCCACGAUACCCGCGUCUACAGCACAGGACGCGAAGAAUGACGGCGUGGCAAUCGACCCGGAGCUUGCUGCAGCGAGCGCCAUCAGGGCCGGGCGGGGUGCGUACGACGAAUCGGCGUCUGCGAUGUCCGCGAUGUCCGCAUCUCAUGCAUCCAUCACGUCGAACGCGUCAAGAGGCGACGGUUCUGAUGGGCAACCGUCCCCGCCGGCGUCCGCACCAGCGUCCCCCACAGCGUCCCCACCACCACAGCCUAUUGCAUUGCAAAGUUUCGCGGGAUCCUCAACGCUUGCCGCCACGGCACCCUUCCCCGACGGGCAAAAUGAUCCUGUCGACGCGCCGCGGGACAGGGUCGUUGAGCCGGAUGCAACAGACGACCAACGGGGGCCAAAAGUAGCAGCAAUUGAACCCGGCGGGAUGGGAAGCGCGGCUGGCGCGGCCGAAACGACGAAGCGCGGGGUUGUUGGAGGAGGUCAAGAGACGGGCACGGGCGCUGUACCACGAACCGCCGCUGAGCCCACCAAGGCGCCCGUCAAGCCUAAACCUCGCGCGCUGCCUCCCAAGCAGCGCCACGCAAGCAAGGAGGUCGACGCGGCCAGUAGCGCGCCGGAUAAGGGUAAGGUCGUCGCGGACGAGAUAGAGCCGCUCUUGACGAAGGCCUCGUACCAGCGCAGUAAAGCUGCGGACUCUACCAACCAAUCGGAGGUCGUUGGAGGGACGGCAGAUACGACGUCCAAUGCCGACAAGCGCGACAGUGCGACUGAGGGAGGGGCAGGCGAAGUAUCCUCUGCAGGCGCCACCAUACCGUUGAGUGACUCGGUGACUUUUGCUUUCGCCCCGAGUAGGACUGCACCAGGGUCUAUUGAUACGAAGGCUUAUGAGAAAGAGUGUCGCGAGGCGACGGGGGUGUUGGAGUUGAGGAAAGGGAAGGGAUGGUAUGCAGCGACUGGCAUGGGUCUGUUCCUAAAGGCCGUGCCGACGAAGUUCAUGAGGCAGUUGGUUCCACUCGGAUGCGAUGUCGCGCGGAGCUUCUGGACGUUCGAAAUGAGCAACGUGGCGCCAGGCAACCUCAAAAUGGAGCAGGAUGACGGCGGCGAGACCUUGCCCGCUUAUACUGUGGAUCUGCUCCGCAAAUGUAUGAGCGGUAAGUUAACGAAGCCUAUGUGGGCCAAGAGGACGCUACCAGACGAGGCACGUAAAUCGGCGGCUCUGGACGCCAACAUCGACGUAUCUUUCGUGCGCCAAUGGGUUCUGCUUCAACCGCCUUCUCGACGGAACGGGAAUCAUGGGCUGAGCAGAUUGGCUGAUGAGGGGAUGGAAUGGGAGGGCCGUCUGCCUGGAGGAGUCGCGGGCGUCAGAGUGCUUGUCGUGACGUUAUUAUGUUGGGGGGCGAAUAUCACCACCAUGGCGGAAGCAAAGAUUUGGGAGCGUGUGGCGUUGGACUUCAUCGAGGUGCUCAACGUGCUGCAGAAUCUCGCUGGGGCGUACGAGGAAAGCGUUGCUGAUUCGACGCCGGAUGGGCGUCCAAAGCGAGAGUCGAAACCAACCGAGAAGAUCGUGCAGACGCAGGGGAAGAAGGGCCAGUAG